CGCGGCCACCCGCCACCAGCGAUGGGCGACAUCCCCGCCCUCGUGAGAAUCAGCGUCUCCCUCAAAAUCCAGCCCAACGACGGCGCAGUCUAUUUCAAGGUGGAUGGGCAGCGCUUCGGCCAGAACCGCACCAUCAAGCUGCUCACUGGGGCCAAGUACAAGAUCGAGGUGGUCCUCCGGCCCGGCACCAUUCAGGCCACGACGAUGGGCAUUGGGGGCGUGAAUGUCCCGCUGGAGGAGAAAUCAAGGGAUGUACAAGUGGUCUCUUACACAGGGAUCUAUGACACAGAAGGGGUGCCGCACACCAAGAGCGGUGAGAGGCAGCCCAUCCAGGUCAACAUGCAGUUUAAUGACAUCGGUGUUUUUGAAACAGUCUGGCAAGUCAAAUUCUAUAACUACCACAAACGGGAUCAUUGCCAAUGGGGAAACAGUUUUGGCAGCAUUGAGUACGAAUGCAAACCGAAUGAAACGCGCAGCCUCAUGUGGAUCAACAAAGAGACCUUCCACUGAAGAGAAGUGAAAAACCAGUGGUGGACAAUCUCCUGAAAGAAAACCCUACCUUCUGAAACCAGCAAGAAGCCUUAACAAAGGCCUGCUGUAACGUUGCUCUGCCCUGCGAGGCUCURCUAACUCGGCUGUAUGUACAGUCGGUGCCUACUGAGGUAUUGUGAGUUUGCCUGGGGGUUGCAGAUUCUUCACCCAUCCUACCAGAAAUACUGCAGGCAGCAUGGUAAAGAAUAUGUGAUUCCUGGGUAGAAAAUUAUGUCAUUAUAUUAUCAUAAAUGUUUGGACAAUGUCCACUAAACAGUUCCAGUAGAUGUAACAACCCUUGUGUUUUGCUUUAUUGCUUAGCAUUUGGAUGCAACAUUACCUUGGUGAUCUUCAUAUUUAUAUUUGUGUUUGCUCCAAAACCAGUGUACCCCUUCAAGCAUUUUGUCUACACUCCAUAACAAGAGACAGAAAAAAGUAUUGGAUGUUUGUAGGUUUAGCUAAAUGGCAGCUACUGCACCGUGGAUAUUGUGCUUUCGUAUUGAGGGAUCUGGAAACUUACUGGUUCUCCUUUUUGUCAAGUGUUGUGAAAGUAUUCUGUGAUAAAUUKCUUAUUUUGUGAGAUUUGGUAAAUUAUCAUUCUUUGUUGUUAAAUUUCCCAAUCCCUGAAAUGGUUUCAGGAAACAAGCUAACUUAAACAAAGGAAAAGCAAUAAAUCAGUUGUGGUCCUAACAAAAACAAACAUCUAAUGACAUGGCUAGUAUUUACCUUAAGAGCACACAGCAACGAUCUCUUUUUUCCCUCCAAGGUAUAGCAGUCAUCCUUAAUUUACUUGUCAGAAUAAGAGUUCUGGCAGUAAUCAGCAUUUAUUUAAAUGACACAUUCCUCCAACCAGUAAAAUUCUAUUAACUAUUUUUUUUCCUCCCAAACAUGACCAUCUUAUCAUGCCCAAAUCUACCAGCUUUCUUACAGAAAAAUCUCAAGCAUUGUGAAGAACGUAAAGGUUCCGGUGUGCUUAUCCACGCAUUGUAUCCUGUUCAAUAAAGACAGGGAUGUAAGCAUUGCAAGGGUUGUGACUUAAGGUGCUAAAUGAACACUGAUCCAGUGUUCAACACAUACUGAAAAUAGAAGCCAAGCAUAUCUUUUU